GCUUCCCAGGCCGGUGUACAUCGCUGGAGGCUGGCCCGGGCACCGCGUCCAGUGCGUGAACCUAGGGCUGGCAGCACCCGCCCACGAGCCCGUCGGAUUCCGUUGUACAGGAUAUCAGAUUGGCGACACUGUCACAAGCCCCCUGACCCCAGAACCCACGGCCCGUAGCACCAGACCGGAGCCUCCAACCACCGAGAGGAGCGGCUAGAGCGUACAGGCCUGGCCGGUUGGGGGGAGGGGGGCUCUCUGCUCCUCCCAGCCGCCUCUAUCCCGGAAGUUGAUGCCGCACGCCUCAUCUUGUGCAGUUUACUGUGGUGUCGCCCUAGAGUUGAGAACACGUUGUCCUCGCUACAGGAUCAACAUGCCUUUGGCUAGAGAUUUGCUUCAUCCAUCCUUGGAAGAGGAAAAGAAAAAACAUAAAAAGAAACGGCUUGUUCAGAGCCCAAAUUCUUAUUUUAUGGAUGUAAAAUGCCCAGGUUGCUACAAGAUUACCACGGUUUUCAGCCAUGCUCAGACAGUGGUUCUUUGUGUAGGUUGUUCAACUGUGUUGUGCCAGCCGACAGGUGGUAAGGCCAGGCUCACAGAAGGGUGUUCAUUUAGAAGAAAGCAACAUUAAUGAUCUACACAACUUCCUGAAUUUGUGUUAAAUCGCAGAAAGCCUUACCAGUUCAGUAAUUCUAGUUAAUCUAUCAAGAUAAUGUAAUUAAGUUUAAUUUUGUAAGGUAUACAACAGUGAUCUCCUAUUUUGGUGUCAGUUUUUCAAUAAAGUUUUGAUUAUGGGCAAA